UUCAACGCCGGUGAGUGACGACUUAGGCCUUGUGGUAGGGACCGGGUGAAUGGGAAAUUGUUUGACCGCGAAGUUGUCAUUUAUUGUUUUGUGUUCGCGGGAUAGCUUGCCCUCGGAGACUUGGCCGCGUCCAAGUGAGCGCGAUCAGCGUCGGGUCGCAGGUCUAGGUCAGCUCCCAUGAGCUAGACCGCGGCUGAUCAGUCGCGCUUUAUUUACUAUUCGCGUUUAAUUUCGGGUUCUAUUUAGUGUCAACGUGAGAAGUUACUUUAUGUGUAUAGAAAACCGCUAAGAGGAUGGCGGAUAAAUCUAGUCCUAGUUCUAGCGGUGAUAGAAUCAAUGUAAUGAAGACGGGCGAAGGUCCGUCCGGUCAGGAAGCAUCGAAGGGUGAUUGCCUUCGUGGGAAUUGUGCAACGGCAAGCGAUGCUCCCGAAAUGGAUCCUUUACUGGACAUGGAGUAUUGCUCGAAGGAUAUGUGCACUUGUUUCGACCAUGCAGGUGGUGAAGAGCGCGCUCUAGACGCCAUCACAUUCGUACCAAACGCUAUUGUUUCCUGUCCUAAUGCUUCGGGCAGCAAUGAAGAAAGCGGUACCAAGGAUGGUAUGAAACCGAUAAGUAGGAAGAUUUUCCUGCUCAAGGAGUACAAGGAAGCCAUUAUAAAUUUGUGUUACAACAAACUUGACUAUUCUUCACGUAUUGACAAACUACAUAUUGCCUGGCAAUGUGCAACAAUUUUAGUUGGCAAUUCAACGGCAGAAGCUUGUAAAAAUCUUCUCUAUUGGGUAUUACGACAUACAUUACAUCUAAUGCUAGUUGGUGAAUGGACAACAUUACCAACUGAAAAACGUAACGAAAUACGAACUAAUAUUCUACAAGCUCUACCGAAAAUUCAAAAUUCACCAAACUCAGCUAAUCGUUGUGAAUAUAUCCUGCAACAUUUUGAUAAUCCUUGGGGCGAUAAGCGUUUAUUGACGGUUUUACAUGGUGAUGCUCGGCUGCUAACGAAAAAUGAUUUAGACUAUCUUACAGCCGAGCGUGGUUGUAUGAUAGUUCUUCGUUUGCAAAAGCUAUGUGAAACCAAGUGUGAUGAUGUAGCCUUCACACUAUGCUCAAAAGCACUUCUAGCUCUGCGUAGUGUUGGUGAAAAUCAUGAAUUACGAAAAUCCACAUCAAUAGGACAUAUAUACUUCAUUUUCGACAUCUAUCUUUGUCUUGUACAUAAAUAUAUCGGUGUUAAUAAGUUCAUCGAAGAGGUUAAGCGUCUAGGACUCUACGAUGCACUGUUACUAAUACGGCGUAAUAUCAACAUGGACACAGAGAGUUCACGCUUAUUCAAAUUCCGAGCUAAAGUUGCAAAACUAUCGGCAAACAUUACUAUAGCAACAAUUAUGGUUGAUUGUCUAAAUUCAAACAAUCAACACUUCUACUGUGCAAUACUCAAGGAGUGGUUAAAGAUGCAUCAAAAGGUUCCCGUACGGAAAUUCAGAGUGAUUGCCCGAAAACUAUUCUCCUCUGCUUGUUCACAGAAACAUUUGCAUUUAGCGUGUCACAUAAUCAAAGAAAUGAAAGUGCCAGAGUGGAGGGAAUUGCUACUAGAACUCUACGUACGAGUCAUUACAGGCGAUUUGAACGAACUGGAGUUGCUGAAAAGUGAAAAGAGUUGCUCAGUCGAAGUGAUUAUCGAGAACGAAGUCACAUUAUCGCAUCGUUAUUUGCAAAUUGCUGAUCUCUUGCAAAUUCAUCAUCCAUAUCUAACCCAUGAGUGUAUUUUAACUGCUUUUUCUUUGAAUCCAACUCCUGAAAACUAUAAUAUUGUUAAAUGUGUAGCGUUAACUAAACAAUGGGAAGCGGUCGAGAAUCCAGAUUUAGGCAAUGCAGGUAGUACUCUAAACAGUAAUAAUCAGUCAGAAUCUCAUUCAACUGAUUCAAAAGUGGGUAGCAUAAUUAAAACCACCAUAUCAACAACAACCACAACAACAGUAACCAUAUCCAACUCCCUUGUUACCACCACUAGCACGAAAACAUGCCAAUCUAAUAUAACAGCUUCAACCAAAAUUCCAGAAUCUACCUCAAACUUUACAGAUAAAGUAACAGGAAAUUCUGAAGAUUCCAACUCCUCUUCGACCCUUCACGUAUUGCAUUCCAUUACGGGUAGCAAUAAGAUCCUUGAAAAUCCUAGUUAUGAUGCUCUUGCAGCUCCUAAUCUUAUUCUCGAUUCAAUCGAAACUAUCGAUUUACCUGAUCACAUACGUAUAGAUCUUUCCGUGCUGCUCAGUUCACCACGUGUUAAAUUUCUAUCUUGGUUACAGUCCUGGCCUGAAUUGGAAAGUAAUUGCCAGCGACUUUUAAAACCAGGCGGAAAAUUAGAGAUAGUCAGACAGGGUUUAGCUAUAGCAAAUGAUCAUUUACAAUAUUUAAAUUUAGAUUACGAUCAAUUCCGCAAUUUACCAGAAUCAGAUGGUCCAGGUAUCGAGAAAGGAUACGAAAUAUUUGCAGAUUCUGAUGAAGAAAUGUCGAAUGCUGAAUCCGAUUAUGAGGUAAGUGACGAUAACACUACUAGACGUAAGAAGCCUGGAAGAAAACCUAAACAUCCCAGAGUGAAAUCCCCGUCUUUGGAGAAACAACCCCGGCACAUGAAUUUACAAAGAGAAUAUAAACGAAGUUACAAUAAAUCGAUGCGAGAUCCUCUUAGCGAUACCUUGUGCUCGACAUUUGCUCAAGCCUUGCAACAUGAUCCGAAAUUGAUUUCUCCUUUCAAUGACUUCCUAUUACGACAUCUCUCACAACAAUCUGGUGAAAGUCCUCCGGAUUCUGCAAGUGAACUUGACGCACUUUUCCGAGUGUUUUAUAUUCAACAACUACAAGCGCAAUUGCAGCUAUCCUCAUCGUACACAGCUGCAUUGCAACAGCAAGUCACACCCUCUCAUCAAGGGAGCGCAAUCCGUUUCAAACAGAGGCAAUCUGCCACCCCGAAUCAAAAAGAUAUUCGAAAGCGAUCUUCACAAGUCUAUACCCCAUCACCUAUAGUACCUUCAACAAGCCAACAACACCCUCUUGCGCCAACGUCUUUAGCACGCCAACAAGCGAAUGCUCGAGGAUUUCCAAAUCAGUUACCUUUACUUUCUCAGAAAUCACUGUUGAAUCCUACUCAGAAAACAAUGUCGUAUGGAAGUCAGUUAACCAUUACUCCCUCAACCCAAAAUAUGCCAUCCACCUCGUCGUUAAGUCGCUUGAAUUUUGCCAAGCGUUCAUAUAGCCAAAUAGCUACUCAAGAGCCAGGUCCGUCAAAGAUCGAAAGGAGUCGACUAGUAGAGGAAUCAUUGAAAAGGAAGCCGGGCGAGAAUUCAACAUCAACGAGUGAAUUGUUACAUCCACAAACAGGAGGGACUAUAUCCAAAUUGACGUCGAUUGUACAAAGUUCAGAUUCUCUUCCUCGUUCAAUUCCACAGAAACAACCUUCAGGCACCGGCAGUAAUCGGGUAUCGACCGAUGAUUCAAAUAGGUUCCAAUCCAACGUGAAGCAAUCCGGCAAUCAAGUGCGCUCUUCCCUUGCUUACGUUUCGGCCGGUGUGGCAGCAGCUCCAUUGACAACCACUACUACCGCUUUGCCCUCUACCCCUAAAUUGGCUCUAUCUACUCUAUUGAGUUCAGGUCGAUGGGUGCAACAGCCAGCUUCCGAAUUGAAACUUUCUAGCAAUGGAAAACCAACAUUUGUGUCAACUCAGUCAAUCACUGCAGGCAAUACCAACAGCGGGAUUAUAUACCCUCCUAUUGACCCGAAGAAAGUAUUCUAUGUCGAGAGGAUCAUUCCCGCAUCAAAGCGCAGUUUAUUGGGCUCCUCUGUUGAAAUAAAAGAUAUUUCAAAGUUGACAAUGCGGACGGCAACUUCGUCCAAUGAAAGUAAUAUUGUGAUAUCGAGUGGAAGCGCUCCAAUUUCAGCGGAAUUAUCAACCCAAAAAGAUGUAAAACUGGCACCACAUGUAAGUCCAAACGUCCCAGCUAUUGUUCCGGGAGCAUCUACCAGUAAACAUGACUCAUAUGAACCAUCCAUUAGUCAACCAGUGGGCCUUGAUCUAUUUAAAGCCUCUACUAGUUCGUCAAACUUAACUGGCUUAAUAUUUGAUAGACAUAAUCAAACAAAACCAAAUGAUCUCCCAGUUGCCGUACAAACAGUUACUGUUCAAGAGCCAACGGUAAACCAAUUGGUUCCUAAAAUAGUGGUAGACGAAAUCGAGAUUUCUGAUAGUUGUAGUACCACUGAUUCUGCAUUAACAAUCGAAGACAUGCAGCCCUUUGAGCCAAAAAGAAGCAAGCUUACGUCGGAUCCUAUGCUUUCUGACGAGAGUGCAUGUCAAGUGGUAUUCGAAGACGAGGUUGGACAGCGUCAAGUAGGUGUGGAUAAUUGUGAUAGUCAGGAUGCUAGCAGUACAUUGGCCGCUGACAAAGUAGAUGACGCACACAGUUCAUUGGAAAACAGUGGUGAGAUUCAAGUACGUCAAAUUGAAGAUAUCCUCGAAUCGGAUAAGUCGAAUGAUAAUCAUGGCGAGGAAUCAAAAACUUGUGACUCAACUCAGGACGAGAAGAAAGAAAAGGAUCGUAAUGAGGAUGAAUUAAAUGCUGACGGAAAAGUUACUGAGGAGAAUACCAAACUCUAUCAAGUAGUUUCUGAGGCUGACACAUCUGCAGAACAACCACAAACAUCGCUUGAAUUGAAUAUUCCUUUCAGUCUUGUGCCACAAGUUUCAGAUUCACAAACUCUGCAAACUUCCAAGGCUGAUAAUCAAUUUUUGACUGUGAUUAAAAAUAGUGUAGUCCUUGAGGAUGAUGCGUUCGUGACCCCUCCUGAGGGCGAUUCCUUCGGGGCCAUUCCUGAAACUGAUCCGUUCAUGGUCGCUCCUGAAGGUGAUCCUUUCGUAGCCGCUAAUGAAGGUGAGAUUUCCGUAGCUGCUCCUGGAGCUGACUCUUCCGUAACCGCUCCUGAAGCUGACUCUUCCGUAAUCGCACCUGAAGGCGAUUCCUUCAUUGCUGAUCCUGAAGGCGAUUCCUCCGUUGCUGAUCCUGAAGGCGAUUCCUUCGUUGCUGAUCCUGAAGGCGAUUCCUUUGUUGCUGAUCCUGAAGGCGAUUCCUUCGUUGCUGAUCCUGAAGGCGAUUCCUUCGUUGCUGAUCCUGAAGGCGAUUCCUUCGUUGCUGAUCCUGAAGGCGAUUCCUUCGUUGCUGAUCCUGAAGGCGAUUCCUUCGUUGCUGAUCCUGAAGGCGAUUCCUUUGUUGUUGAUCCUGAAGGCGAUUCCUUCGUUGCUGAUCCUGAAGGCGAUUCCUUCGUUGCUGAUCCUGAAGGCGAUUCCUUCGUUGCUGAUCCUGAAGGCGAUUCCUUCGUUGCUGAUCCUGAAGGCGAUUCCUUCGUUGCUGAUCCUGAAGGCGAUUCCUUUGUUGCUGAUCCUGAAGGCGAUUCCUUCGUUGCUGACCCUGAAGGUGAUUCCUUCGUUGCUGAUCCUGAAGGGGACUCCUUCCUGGCUGCUCCUGAAGAAGAUUCCAUUGUGGCCGGGAGUGCAACCUCUGAAAACAAUGAACAUACGAUUGAGUUUCCAGAAGGUCAAAAUAACGUCCUUCAAGAAAGUGAAGAAAAGCAGGAUUCUGACGUUAAUGAAGAUAAACUUGUUGUUAAGACUAAAAGCAUUCCGGAAGAAGUAGAACGUCACACAGAUGAGGUUUUGGAAGAUGAUGAAGUAGUUCCAAUUAGUACUUCGGGAGUAGCACCAGUGGUGAAUUUGGAAUCUCUUUCGGACGUUGAUUCCAUUGAGGUAAUUGAUUACGUGGAGGAUAUUUCAACUUUCCCAAAGGAAGCAUCUUGCCAGGAUUUGGAUUCACCUAUGGACAACACUGAACAUGACUCGGAUUCAAAAUGCGACUCAGCCGGUGUAAGCGGUGCUCAAAUUAAUGACAUUCCCGGAGAGAGCAUGGAAGAUUCAUCCAUGCCCAUUUUAGAAAUAGCUGAAGCCACAGGACAGGAGGAAACUAAGACUAAUGCAAACAGUUUUAAACAUUCAACAGUUCCUUACUUAGAGCCGUCCUCACAGUCAUCAACUGAUGAUAUUGAAAUUAGUUCACAAAAUGUUGGGCAAGAAUUUACUCCCGAACCUGUUUCCUCAACGUCACAAGCUCAAAAAUUUAAUCAAAUUGAGGAUAACGCAUCUUUAAUGCCACCCCCAUUGGACCCCAUAGUUGCGGUGGAUUCAGAUACCGAUACAGAAAUGGACGAUACCGACAAUGAUGACGUUAAUCCAGGCAGUGGCAAACGUACUGAUCAUGGAGGACAUACCGAUACUGAUACCGAUUCUAGCGAAAGUCGAGAUCUUGUGGUGCAGGUACCACGACGAACCUACUCCAGAAUCUCAGGAGCUGGUGAAUGUUCGAAUUUAUCUCCACAAAAUCAAUCUGAUCAGCGUUCGUCGUCUAUUCAAAAUAAUGGUUCCGAUCAACAGCGAAAACAGACCGGGCAUCAGAAGAAAGGAUCUAAAGGGGCUAAUCUGAACUUUCGUCAGGAAUCCAAUGACACUGUUUCUGAAGGAUAUCUCUCUGAUUUUGAAUGUGCGGCAGCUAGUACGGUGGAUCCAAAUAUCACUAACGAUGCAUCUUCAAGCUAUUCACUAUGUGCAUCGAUAUUGAAAGACUUUGCAACAGAUAGCUCAGAUGAAAGUGAGCUUACAGUUCAGAUUCCUACUAGAACUUAUGGUCAGUUGAAUUCUUCGAGUUUUAUUAAGAGGCGGAGUGCUUUUCAGCAAACAACUAAGGCUCUAGUAAGCGACAAAAAGAAUUGUGAUAUGUUUGAGGAAAAGGGCAAACCAUGGAUUGAUUCUCAGGAACGAUGGCAGCAGCGACGAGAGAAGGAAAAAUACGAAAGCUCCUCGUCAGAAGAUGAGGACGAUUUCGGAUUCGGUUUAAGUCAAUCAAAUUGCAAUUGUAGCCAUGAAAAACCCCUGUCUCUACCCCAGUUUGCCGCGUCAACAUCGAGUGAUCAAAGUCACGUAAAGAAGGAACCGAAAAUAAUAGAGCCCAAACAACAAACCUCUGCGAAACGAGGAGUUUUUGAAUUUUACAUAAACACGUAUCCUAGUGGAAAGUCAUCAUACUCGAAUUUUUCGAUACCAUCCAAAGAAACCGAUCCAGGAUCGAGUGCUACUCCCAAAACUGGGGGGAUGAAAUAUCAUCCGCAGCUGAGAGACGUUAAUCUAUUUACAAAUAAUCAAACAGACUUGACUAAAUCAACCAAAGGGGGGCAGUCUACCCGAGUAGGAUCCAAGUUAGCCAAACCAAACUCAGGUGUACCAAAUUCCCUGUGCCAUACAUCCAAAUGGGUAGCAGAGAAAUUUCGUCGCUACCAAAAAUCUCUGAAAUAUUCAUUCAAAGCCAGUCCUACAGAUAUUAAAAGAAUGACUAGUGCAAAAGUUGUCGUUCAACCGCUCACCAACGAGACCCUGCUCAAGCAUAAUCAAACAGUUAAGAUUGAUGGUUGCUUGGUACAAUUGCCAAAAAUCCAAUUAAAACGACUGAGGACCUGCCAUAGUCCUAUUUCUUUCCAGUGCUGUUGCGAGUGUGCCAUAAAAGAUGUUGAAUGUCGAAAUGGUGCCCAGAACGAUAGUGUAUUGUAUGUGCCCCCGAAUAAAAAGGUUAAAAUUAAUGGACCACCGGGCAGAAAGGAUAAUUCUACCUUUCGUCCUAUCAAUGUCCACUCGGCCAUGUUGCUUAUUAAUCCUAAACGGGCAAUUGUAAGAUUGCCUCACAUUCCGCUUGGGCUGACUUCCGGAUCAGUUCCAAAAAACGUCCAGCUUGCACCCAAUGAUUUCCGAUUGGGUUUCCCAAUGCAGGCAAUCAUUGAGGUGCAAGAGAAACUAAAUGAAACUAUCUAUUUUGAAAGGAUCCUUUUUCUAUAUGAUUAUGCUGUGCAGAUUGCUUUGUCAGUCAUACAUGGCCAGGUUGGAAGUUUGGUUUUAAGUCGAUUUGGAUCGGAUUUUCUCCAGCUUCCAAAAAAAUGUGGACUUGAGGUGGUCAUAACAAACAGCAGAUUGACUGUAAAGCGUCCAAUUAAUUUUAUUAUCAGGCGCUUGCCACAGGAUUUCUUUCCUGCAGUUUUAAGUCCUGACCAUUUUCCUGGUGCAAGGCAUUUCACUGUGAUUGAGUUUGGACGUGAAACGAAGCCAGGAUAUCCUAAGGAGUUCAACUGGGCAACCUACUCGGUUGUUCUGUCUAUUUAUUUCGCCCGAGGCAGAUUAUUCAUUAUAUUUUCGUCUGGUAUCGAUAUUGAGGAUCAACCGCAAUAUCCUGCCAAGCAGAAAAUAAUACGCCAGGUUGGAUGCAUCCUUAGCAAUGAUAAUAAGGGCACCGCGGUUAAAAUCAAUAAAAUCAAUAUGGGGCAAAUGUCUGACAAUGUGGAAGCCUAUAGCAACCCAAUACGGUGCUGGUGAAGCAGUGAAAGUUGAUCUCAAUUAAAAUUUCUAGGAAAGGAAGAUAUACGGAUGAAGUGUUGGGAAAUCAUAGAGGUCUAUAGCCCCUCUCCCCCUAUGAAAGAGUGGUUAAUCGACGUGUUUUUUGGAGUUAUCUAUAAUUCAGUACCUUUUAAUAUUUUUCUACUUUUAGUUUUCGAUUGAGCUUUCUAUGCUCAUGACAGUAUCGAGUAUUUGUUCUACUUGCAUAACCUGUCUUUGAAAAUAUUUGUCACCCAUUCCUCUCUCCGAGGUCUUUGACAAAAAAAAGACUGUAAUGAGAAAAGACAUACAAAUUUGCAAUCUGUUACCAUAGUUUGUCCAUUUGGACUGAAUUUUCUUGACCGCCUACCUUUGAAUUUUGGCACUUUUAGUUAUAAUCCUUUAUUAAAAUGAAUUAUUUAAAAAUCUACAAAGAAAAAGAAGAGAAAAUCCAAAAAACAAUCAAUUUUUGAAGUAACACAGGGGAAUCCCCCGAUAAUGCGUACAUCGGUUAUUCGUAUUUUCGGUUAAUUCAUACAAAUUUGCCGCCCCCCAGAGUUGAUUUUCUUUAUUUUGCACUCUGGAUAAUUGGGAAAUCAUCAGUCCCUUGACGAUACGGAUUAUCGGGAUCCUACUGUACACUUCCUUUUCAGCGAUAUAAAACUAUUGUAUAUAGAUUUGAAUAUAACCAUUUCAGUGUAAA